AUGACAACGUCACUGCUCCUCCGUCCUCGCUGGGUCGACCCGUCGGUGAUGUUUCUCUACGACAACGGCGGCGGAUCCGAUGAAGUGAGCAAGAACAUGGAGGGUUUUGCUGGUGGCAACUUUGCUGCAAACCAGUGCAGGAAUCUGAUGGCGCACCCCGCGUCCCUGGCACCCAGUACGGCUUACUCGUCCAGCGACUUGCCCACCUCCGGUAUGGGAGAGCCGGUGAAGCAGUGCAGCCCCUGCUCUGCUGCUCAGAAUUCAUCCAGUGCGUCUCUUCCUUAUGGGUACUUCGGUAGCGGUUAUUACCCGUGCAGAAUGUCGCAUCACAGCAGUAUAAAGUCAUGCGGAGCGCAGCCCCCCUCCGCUUAUGGAGAGAAAUACAUGGACACCUCCGCCUCGGGCGACGACUUCACCUCUCGGGCAAAGGAAUUCGCUUUCUAUCCGACCUAUCCUUCAGGCCCAUACCAACCUGUGCCCAGUUACCUGGACGUUCCUGUGGUGCCAACUAUCAGUGCGCCGUCAGAGGCCAGACACGAGUCCCUGCUGCCUAUGGAGAGCUACCAACCGUGGACUCUCGCCGCCAACGGCUGGAACGGCCAGGUUUACUGCGCCAAGGAGCAGCCGCAGCCUGGACACAUGUGGAAGUCCUCCAUACCAGACGCAGUGUCACACGUUGGAGGAGAGUCUGGCUCUUAUCGACGUGGAAGAAAGAAGCGCGUGCCAUACACCAAGGUGCAACUGAAGGAACUCGAGCGCGAGUACGCCGCCAAUAAAUUUAUCACGAAGGACAAAAGGAGGAGGAUAUCUGCCCAGACCAACCUGUCCGAGAGACAGGUCACAAUAUGGUUUCAAAACAGACGCGUAAAGGAGAAGAAAGUUGUCAACAAAUUGAAAACCAUCAGCUAG